AUGAUUUUUUUUAUUUUAUUCUCAUAUUUUGGACUCAUGGUCACGUUUCAGUUACCCACCGGGUCUUUAGGUUCUACUUUAACUUGCAUUCACGGAGGUAUUAAAUACAAAGAAGGAGAUUAUUUUCCACAAAAUAAAACUUUUAUCAAACCGGAAAAUCCGUUACAAUGCGUACAAUGUAGAUGCCAUCAGGGUUUAGUCGUUUGCGAAGUUGAAAAUUGUUUAAAUUUAAAUUGUAACAAACCUAAAAAAUAUUCACGGUUUUGUUGUCUUCAAUGUCCUGGAGAAGGACAAACGAACGUUUACGAAGAACGUUCGGAUUUUACAUUCGAUCAAAACAACAACAACGAGGAUGAGGAUGAUGAUGAUGAUGAUUACGUGAAGAAAAGAAAAAAAAAUAUCGAUUGUAACAUAAACGACGAGCAUUACGUGAACGGUUCGAUUUGGCAACCUGUCAUCGGUCCUUUUGGUAUAAUGGCCUGCGUUCAAUGCGAAUGUAAAGAAGGAAACGUCGUCUGCGGAAGAAUCAAAUGCAAUCAUCAACCAUGUUCAAAUCCUGUUAAAGAAUUCGGAGAAUGUUGUCCCGUUUGUCCUAAGACAACAGAAAACAAUUAUGGAAAAGAAAACGAAUUCUAUGAUUUGUUCAUAUGGAAAAUAUUACCGGAAAAUUCAUUGAAUAAUUUCAAAAAGAAAAAAAUAAAUAAAGAAAAAUUUAAUAAAUUAAAUUUUCAAUUGUUUGGAUCAGGAAAAUGUUUCGUACAAUGUUAUAAAAAAAUUAAAAGACUCGAAAAAUUACUCGGAAUAUUUUCGGUUGUUUACAAAUCGAAAUGCGACGAUAAAAACGAAUUCGAUAUAUCGAAUAUUUAA